GGACAUUCUCACCAUCAGUCAACUAUUGCUGUAUACCAAGCCAAACCAUAUUCAAUUCAAUUUGUUACACGGCACAGACGGCGAAUAUCCUCCACGCGCCGUCUUCGCCAUGACGCAAUCUCAUGAUCCCUUUCCCUACCCUCCCAUUGACCCCGUCAACUUCGAUCUCAUCAUCGUCGGCACUGGCCUAUCGGAAUCCGUUAUCGCCGCCGCCGCAUCUGCCCUCGGGAAAACCGUCCUCCACCUCGACCCUAACUCCUUCUACGGCAGUCACUUUGCCUCCCUCUCCCUUAACGAUCUCACUUCCUACCUCAAUUCUCCCAAUUCUCUCCCCGUAACCGCCACCCCACCUGGCGACUCCGACGACGUCGUCAUCGACCUGAUCCGGCAACCGCUGUGCUCCGACGCGGAAAUCGUCUCGUGCGCUUCCGACAAUGACGCGGCGUUUCUGCGCGAAAAUUCGAGAAAGUUCAGCGUCGAUUUGGGAGGACCGAGGGCGCUGUUCAGCGCGGACAAGAUGAUCGAUCUGUUGUUGAAGUCAGGUGCAGCACAGUAUUUGGAGUUCAAGGGAAUCGAUGUGAGCUUGGUGUAUGAAGCUAAUGCGGGUUUGGUGAACGUGCCGGAUUCGCGUGGAGCGAUUUUCAGAGACAAGAACCUUUCUCUGAAGGAGAAGAACCAGUUGAUGAGGUUCUUCAAGCUUGUUCAGCAGCACUUGGGUGAGAAUCAUGAGGAUGGAAAAAUUUCGGUGGAAGAUAUGGAGAGUCCGUUUGUUAGUUUCUUGGAGAAAAUGAAGUUGCCGCCUAAGAUUAAAGCGAUUCUUUUGUAUGCUAUAGCCAUGGUAGAUUACGAUCAAGACAAUAAUGAGGUUUGUAAAGAUUUACUUAAAACAAAAGAUGGAAUAGAUCGUUUAGCUCAAUACAGCUCAUCUGUUGGAAGGUUUCCAAGUGCACCUGGGGCUUUGCUUUAUCCUAUUUAUGGUGAAGGAGAACUACCACAAGCUUUUUGUCGCGGUGCUGCUGUAAAAGGUUGCAUUUAUGUUCUAAGAAUGCCAGUUAUUUCUCUGCUUAUGGAUAAGGUUACCGGGCUUUAUAAAGGUGUUAGAUUAGCUUCGGGUCAGGAUUUAUAUAGCCACCAACUAAUCCUGGAUCCAUCCUUGACAAUUCCAUCAGCGUUGUCUUUGUCUCCAAGAGAUUUUCCCUGUGAAAGGCUCCAAUUGUUGAAUCAGAGAGAUAUUAAAGGAAUGGUGGCUAGGGGAAUAUGCAUCACAAGGAGUUCCAUUAAGCCAGAUGUAACAAAUUGCUCGGUGGUGUAUCCUCCUAGAUCUUUGUAUCCUGAACAGGUGACAUCAAUCAAAGCUCUUCAGAUAGGAUCUAAUCUUGCUGUUUGUCCUGAGGGAACCUUUAUUUCAUACUUUUCCACUUUGUGCAAUGAUGCUGAUGAAGGAAAGAAGUUGCUAAAAGCAGCCAUGAAUGCUCUUCUUACACUGCCUGUAUCUGGAAGCUCUGAAAGUAUUCCCAUUGUUCAAAGUGAUAGUGAAGAUAUAAAACCCAUCGUGCUCUGGAGUGCAUUUUAUAUUCAGAAAUUAAUUACGAGUAAAUUUGAAUUUAUCAGCUCCACUCCUACACCGGAUGGAAGUCUGAACUACAAUGACCUUUUAGAUGCAACUGAGAAGCUUUUUGGUCAGAUGUACCCGGAAGAAGAAUUCUUUCCAAAGACCGCAGCACCUGAAGAUACUAUUGAUGAGGAUGAAAGUGGGUUAACUAUGGAGAGUUAAGCAAGGUCAAACUGGCUGAGCAUCUUUGUCAGAACUGCAGCACCCACCAGGAUAUGUGAGAAAGGAAGUUGUGAAAUAUAUGCGCAUGCCCCCAAGAAUUGAAGAUGCGAGUUAAAAUUGUUAACUGUGGAGGUAAAAGGAUACAGAUCCUAAGUUUUUUGGGUGAACAGAAACAAAAAAGGUCCUCAAGACAGGAAAAAAUGUAAUUACUGAUUCUGAAAUUUUUUGUCAAGCAUACAAACUGAUUUAGUGCUGUGUAUCCAUCCACUCAUGAGCUUUUGUUGGACAAAGUUGCCCCUUUGUUUAAGAUGAAGAACAGUGGAAGUUAAAGCUACGAGGCAGAAGUACAGCGCUCACAUUCCUGCAUCGUCGUCUGCAAUUUGUAUUUUAAAAACGAUUUGAUUGUAUAAUAUUGUGUGAAGUUAGGACGCAUUUGUUUGUUGCAACAGCAUCUAACAGAAAAAUUGUAGGCUGCCCGAACGCACUUAAUUUUGAAUAACACUUCCUCUUACUAUAAUUUAGACGCC